UGAGUACUUCACCAUCUUGGCCCCACCUCUCAGUUUUCUGAGCUUUUAUUAGAUGCCUUCAAGUAAUUGAGACAGAAGGGUCAAGGGACCCCAUGAGGCAGGCCCCGAACCCUGUCCCUGCUCUCAGCACCAUCUGAAUUCUAAGAAUGUAUCCUGAAGAAAUAACCAAAGGCGCACACAAAGAGUCAUCUAUCAGGAUCCUUACAGUGUUUGUAACUUGUCUUAGUAAAAACCUAAACAUUUCUUAAAUUUCCAAGAGCAGAUCUCACUCUGCCUUGCCCCGGCUCUCCAGCUUCAGGUCUAAAGACUCCUGCUUUACGGAAAAUACUCCUUUGCUGAGGAAUUCUUCACAAGAGAAAGGGCUACAGUGCAUGUCCAUCUGCCCUCCGGAUCCCACCACAGCAGAGGAAUCGUGGAGACAGAGCUCUGCAGACUGGGAGCAGAGUCACUUGCUGGGCAGUGACGGGGCCGGGCUAUCUGGGUCUGCUUCCACAGAGGAGAAGGGCGAUGUUCCUGCUGGUGCUCCUGGCAUGUUCCAUUUGUGGACACUGAGGAGCUGCGUGCGCGGGCUGACCGUGGCGGGCCUGUUCAUCCUCGUAGUGGUGUUCUCCAUUUUAUUUAGCCUAUAUCCGGAUCAAGGAAAGUUCUGGCAGUUGUUGGCUGUGUCACCAUUGGAGAGCUACUGUAUCCAGAAUAUACCUGAGCCGGUCAUCACCGUGGCUGGAGUUCACAAAGUCAGGGGACAGCUGUUGCUGAGCUGUGAACCUCACUGGUGCUGCAGACUCCACGCUGCUCCAGGUGGAUCUGGCGGGGGCGCUGGCACCCAGCGGGCUGAGCAGCCCUGGGAGAGAAGAACACAUCGUGGUCAAGGUCACCCAGACAGAUGCUUCGGGAGUGAGACGGCCGCGGCCACAGCAGGAAGUAAUUGUGCACCCCAUGUGCUGCGCCUGCCCCUGGUAACCUGUGAAGAGCCCGGAGGACACUCUUGCCCUCCCGAGAAAGUCACCUAUAAUUGGACAGUGUUUUUAAAUCCAAGAAGAAAUGAGCGCUUUGUCAUAAGCCGGACCUUUGAGAUACGGAGCAGAGAGGCCAUUUUGAUCACCAUCCAAGCUUCCUUCCUGCAGAACCAAGCAGUUCCUGUCUUGAUGGCUCAUCAAUACCUCCGUGCAGAAGUGGAGACGCAAGUCAUAAUUGCCGCGGCCAUCCUGGCAGGCGUCUACAUGCUGAUUAUAUUUGAGAUCAUCCACAGAACCUUGGCCGCCAUGUUGGGCUCCCUUGCAGCGUUAGCAGCACUGGCCAUGAUUGGCGAUAGACCUAGACUGAGCCACGUGGUGGAGUGGAUUGAUUUUGAGACCCUGGCCCUCCUGUUCGGCAUGAUGAUCUUAGUAGCCAUAUUUUCAGACACUGGAUUUUUUGAUUAUUGUGCUGUGAAGGCCUACCAGUUCUCCCGGGGAAGAGUGUGGCCCAUGAUCAUCAUGCUGUGUUUCAUUGCUGCCAUCCUCUCUGCCUUCUUAGACAAUGUCACCACCAUGCUGCUCUUCACUCCUGUGACCAUCAGAUUAUGUGAAGUGCUCAACCUUGAUCCAAGACAAGUCCUGAUUGCAGAAGUGAUUUUCACAAACAUUGGAGGAGCUGCCACUGCCAUUGGGGACCCACCAAAUGUCAUUAUUGUUUCCAACCAAGAGUUGAGGAAGAUGGGCCUGGACUUUGCAGGAUUCACAGCACACAUGUUUGUGGGGAUCUGCCUCGUCCUCCUGGUCUCCUUCCCCUUCCUCCGACUCCUGUACUGGAACAAAAAGCUUUACAACAAAGAGCCCAGCGAGAUCGUGGGCUGGAUUGCUAUUAUGGGUGCCCUCUGGUUGCUAAUUAUAGCUGAUAUCCGUGAUUUUGAGAUAAUUCUACAUAGAGUGGAAUGGGCGACACUUCUGUUCUUUGCAGCACUCUUUGUUCUGAUGGAGGCACUGGCGCAUCUCCACCUAAUAGAAUAUGUAGGAGAACAGACUGCUUUGCUAAUAAAGAUGUUCCCUGAGGACCAGCGCCUUGCAGCCGCUAUUGUCCUGGUGGUCUGGGUCUCAGCCACAGCCUCGUCCUUGAUUGACAACAUCCCGUUCACUGCCACCAUGAUUCCUGUGCUUCUGAACUUGAGCCAAGACCCUGAGGUCAGCCUUCCUGUGCAGCCACUCAUGUAUUCACUAGCCCUUGGAGCCUGCCUAGGAGGCAAUGGGACCCUGAUUGGAGCAUCAGCAAAUGUGGUUUGUGCAGGAAUUGCUGAGCAGCAUGGAUAUGGAUUCUCCUUCAUGGAAUUUUUCAGGUACUUUUAAACUCAUUUUGAAUUUCUGUUUAACAUAUAGCCCCUAAGAUUAAUUAAAACAACAAUAUCAACAAUGAUGCAUACUGUGAAGCACUGGGAUAAGCAUGUUUUUAGCAAUCAGAGAAACUUUGGUGUAGGUGAGGUUAAGCUCAGACAAAACAGAUUUAUUGUUGAGAUUAGUUUCAUAAUACAGAGGAGAAUUCAGACAUUCUCGGGGCUGAAUGAUUCACACUAAGUCAAAGA